AUGGCGGCAAUCAAUAAGAGACAAGCUGUACUUGUCAUUUUGCUUAUUUUGCGAAGAAGACAAAGACGUAAGGGGGCAAACAACCGAGAAAUUUGGACACGUUCGUGGAUACAGCGCAGGAGGGAAUUGGGUUUUUACCGGACGUUCCUUUGCGAAAUUAAAGAUGGUGACAUCGAGACAUUUAAAAGGUUUACAAGAAUGACACCUGAAAACUUUCAGAAACUAGUUACAAUAUUGAGCCCUUAUAUCACCAAACAAGACACUAAUAUGCGAGAGUCAAUAAGUGCUGAAGAAAGGUUCCUCGCAUCAGGUACUGUUUUGUAUUAUUGUAUGCAACAAAAUGUAUAUACUACAUGAAAUAGUAUUAAAAUUUGCUUUCAUUUGAAAUUUUUACAGGCGAAAGUUUUCGAAGCUUGUCGUUUGCCUUUAGAGUUGGAGAACGCACAAUUUCUGAAAUUGUGAAAGAAACUUGUCAAGUGAUAUAUCAUGUGAUGAAAGAUACUUUCUUGAAGGUUAGAAAAAUCAGAUAUUGA